GUUGCGCGACACAAGGCACAAACAUGGGUCUGCCAGAUAUAGACAACAUACCGGAUACCGGUGCGGUAUUCACUAUCGGGCGCAGCAGAUUUGCCGAUAAUUUCGCAUCGCAUUUCUUCAUCCGUCAGGACCCGGUGGUGUCCAUCGUUUGUGGGGACGAGCACUCAGCCGUGAUUUGCCAAAGCGGCAGGCUUUUCGUGUUUGGGAGCAAUGACUGGGGGCAGUUGGGCCUCGGGCACAAGAACCACGUUAGCAAACCGUCUUGCGUAAAGAUCCUGAAACCAGAAAAGGUGACUAACGUUGCGUGCGGAAGAGCUCACACUCUGAUAUGUACUGGUGGUCAAAAGAUCUUUGCAUGCGGAAGCGACCAGGAAGGUCAAUUAGGUCGCGGAGGAUUGGCUGCUGGAGACAGUUCCACUACUCCGGUUCUGAUUUACGACUGCGGGUCGACUGGGCCAAGCAUAUCGCAGGUCGCUGCUGGGUCUCAUCAUUCUAUGGCACUCCUCAGUGACGGAGGAGUCAUCGCCUGGGGCAGUAAUCUUGAGGGACAGUUAGGGCUGGCCGGCACUUCCGGUUUGGUCAACAAGCCCACGAAGGUUCCGAUUCCAGAAACCAUAAAAGCGAUCAGCACUGGAUACUAUCACACGGCGUUUUUGACUGAAAGCGGCCUCAUAUACGUCUGUGGUGAGGCUGAAAGUGGCAAACUGGGAAUCGUUGUCAACUUCUCUACCCAAGCCGCUCCGAAACAGUUGCAGCUUCCGGGUCCAGUUGCGAAGAUCGUUUGUGGAGGACACCACAGUCUCGUUCUAACAGAAACCGGCGAACUCUACUGCUUCGGAAGCAACGUCAGCGGGCAAUUAGGGAUGGGUGUUGACGUUACAGAAGUACAAACGCCGAAGCUUCUUCCGCGUGGCGUUUCAGAGGGAGAAGUUAUCACCGAAAUCGCUGCCGGAGAAAGUCACACGGCUUUAGUUACAGAAUCUGGCAAGCUGUUUAUGUGCGGCGAUGGAAGACACGGCAAACUCGGGCUUGAAGAGAAUGAAAACAACGUCCACGAAAUAACGUAUGGAGCUAAAUAUGAAGAGCUCAUGAUAACCGAUGUCUCGUGCGGCGGUUGUCACACGAUUCUCAUCGGCAAACGGCGUGAAGAAGUCGAGGAAGAGCCUGCUGAUGUGGAACCGGAACACGUCGCGAGGAAGAAUUCUCUACCACCGUUGAAGAUCGCGGCCCUUGGUCGAAUUGCGGGUGACAUAUUGCCAGACAAGAACGAUCUCGACAACGCGAUAAAGUCUGUUGAAAAUAGCGUUACGGAGACGACGGAUAAGGUGAAGAAUAGUUUGACGAAUGCGAAGGCGGAACUGCAGAGCAAAGUCGAAAGCGUGGUGAAAAAUGUCACCGAUACCGUCAAGGAAGACGUCGAGGUGGUGAAAAAAACCGCUGAGGGUAUGAUGGGCAGUGUUACAGACGCGAUGAACAAUAUCAAGAAACCGGAAUUCCCUAAAAAGCUCGCCGACUACAUAGAGGAAGAGAAUAAGACUGAAGAAUUGCUGAACGAACUAGCCAACGAAACUGACGAAACAACGAACAACAAUCAGACGAACAAAGAUGAUUCUGGGAAAGUAGAUAACGCCGAGCAAUCGGUGGAAAGGAUGCAAUCAGCGACCGCUAGUUUAAGGUCUACCAUUUCAGCGCGAAGUAAUCGAUCGAUUGAUAGGCAAAUUAAAUCACCCGUUAGCUCUGCCUCGGCAAUGGAAAAGCCAGCAUCUCCUGUGGACGAACAUCAAAUCCCUCCUCCUAAGCCCCCGAGACAAAAAUCUGGUCUGUCGGAUGAAGCGAUGAAUGAAGGGAAGAUAGCGUCACUUCCGAGUGAAUCUGCAAAAAGUGCCGGUAACGCGUCGAGGAACGGAUCUGGGGAUUCUAAAAAUCCUUUUGAAGAAAGCAAUCAAAUUCAUGAAGUUGAGGAAGCGAUUAAGAAAUCGGAUACGAGACGAAGUUCUAAAACAGCUCGAUCAAUAAAUGGAGAAGAACAACCGGUUCCAGACAGGGAGCAACAAAUGGAAGAAAAAGAAAACAAAAUACACGAAGAAGAACUUGAAAAGGGACAGGAAAAAGGAGAGACGGAAAUGGCGCAGGACGAUGCUGACGUAAUAGAACCUCCACCGCAAAAAACAGAAACGUAUCCUGUUAUAGGAAAAAUUGCGAAACUAUUCAAAGGGAAAAAACCACAGGAGCUGCAAAAUGGUGUUAAUGGAGGCAGUGCAUCUAAUUCAAAAGUGAAAUCGAGAAUGUGCACCGUGCUGUAACUGAGACGACUUGGACGUGAAGUUAUAUUUUAUUAUAUUUUUUAUAAAUUAUACAAGAUCCGGGCUCGGGACCAAGUUGUGAACGAAAUCAAAAUUAUACAGGAAAGCAAUGUCACUUUAUAUUGCUCUAGUAUCAAAAUAUUGUAGAUGUGUAAAACGUUAAGUUAUUUAAGGCUGUUCUUAGUAUAAUUUAAUCUUGUAAUAAAUAAUAUAAUAUACAAUAAAUGAAAAUAUAUCACACGAGAUAAUAU